AUGUAUAUGGCAGCAUUGGUCAACCUUUUCCCCAGUGCUCACACAGACUCAGGAGUGAUACUGUCAAGUCAGGUGUGGCAAGCAGUUUGGUCAACCAGUUUAUUCACAACCCAGUCAGCAUACAGUGAUCCAGACCAAAGUAGUCCUUCAUCUACUUCUGUACAGUAUGUAUCCAGUAUACCCAGUCCUCAUUAUCUUAUAGUUACAGUUUAUUUCAGGACCCAGUCCUUCAUAUACUUCUGUACAGGUUUAUUCCAGUUACCCAGUAACUUAGUCCUUCAUCUACUUCUGUACAGGACCCAGUCCUUCAUCUAUUUCUGUACAGGUAUGUAUCCAGUAUACCCAGGACCUAGUCCUUCAUCUAUUUCUGUACAGGUAUGUAUCCAGUAUACUCAGGACCCAGUCCUUCAUCUACUUCUGUACAGGUAUGUAUCCAGUAUACCCAGGACCCAGUCCUUCAUCUGUUUCUGCACAGGUAUGUAUCCAGUAUACCCAGGACCCAGUCCUUCAUCUACUUCUGUACAGGUUCAAAUGAUGUCACCAACAAAGUCUCGGGACUUGGUUUCAGUGUGUAGACUUGGUCAAGAGACAAAUCAAGAGCUAGUGAAUAAACUGUUAGAUGUUUUCAAACAGUUCAAGACUAUGCAGUUGCCAAAUGGAACAAACAACACACAGUAUCAUGAAAGAAGGAUGAAAAUUGAAGAAAGCUUGAGACAACUCAACUUCAUCUUUAGAAGGCUGAGAGCAAUAUAUGAUCGAGUGUCUGAGACAAUAGUUGACCCAAAUGAAAACCCAGAGGAGGUAUUGGUACCUUUAAAGGGAGACCUUUUAGAAGACAGAAACACAAACACAGAAACUUACAAAUUUGCUGCUGAAGAGCAUAAACAGAUUGUUGAGCAAUUGACACAGAAGAAUCGCCAAAUUAAAGAAGUGAUUGACAAAAUACGAACAAUCAUGUGGGAAAUCAAUACCAUGAUAGUUAUGAGAAAAACUUGAUAGUCAUUCUUGGUUAUAAGACAACUUUGAAAGAGGUUUUGAGUAACGAGAAAAGCUCAGUUUUUUCUCUGAAAUAUGAGAAAAGUUUGAUAUUUAUUCUGGAAAAAACUUAUUUGGUAAUGAUUCAGUCUACUGGUGAUGUCAGUUUGCAGUCAUAACCCAGUCACUGCUUUGAUGAAGGAUUUAUGAACUGCAGUGUACAGCAUGUGUAUGUAGGUAAAAGAAGAGUAACAGAUAAUGUGGUAUGGAUAAUGCCACUGUAGUUUUCUUCUAGAUGGACCAAGCUGUUUUAAUGGGUAUACAAUCAUAACAUUUAUUGCAAAUAAAUAUUGUUAAACAAUGAAAAAGUAAUAAAUAAUAAGCCUGGUUUUC